AUGCCGUCCCUUCAAUCUGCAUCUAUUCCUGCCAUGCACGACUGCAAUCAAUUCCGCCGAAGCCUAUUUUCUACCUUCUCGGCAGCGGUAGUCCCACUUGAUUUCGGUUAUCUCCACUAUAACCCGUUUUGCUGUUUGCUAGCGACCAUCCAUCCAACCAGACACGCCGGACAGCUUCCAGUGGCCCACAGCCGUCCACCGACAUGUAUUUAUGGCUUGCAGCCUUCUUAUAAUCAAAUAAGACGGUUACUCAUCAACCAAUUAAAUAACGACAAGGUGUCCGAGUGGUUAAGGAGUGUGACUAGAAAUCACAUGGGUUCGCCCGCGUAG